AUGAACUCUAAAGACACGAAUGAGUUGAAAAGGGGUGCUGGGUACCUAAAAGAAAAAGCAAUAAUUGGGCUUACGCGUGUGACGGGAAAUGAACUGGAUCGUGCCAUAUACAAAGUUACAAGUCACAAGCUUAAGGCCCCUAAGGAGAAGCACAUGCAGCGGGUUUUGGCCGCGACACGCGGAUAUAGUAGCCAGAAAACUCACAAAGGUCGCAACACAUGCGAGUACAUUGUUUCUGAGUUUGAGAAGCGUCUUCAUACACACAACUGGAUCGUUGUAUUGAAAACGUUGGUGACGUUUCAUCGCUUAAUGAAGGAUGGUUCGGACGAGGUGAAUAAUUGUAUACAGCAGAACCGUAAUAUUUUUUGCUUUCGCAACAUAAAGGACCUUUCAGAGAGUUCCGAAGGGGCCGUACAAAGUGUGUUUAUCCGCCAGUAUAUGUAUUACCUCGAGGAGCGUUCCUCUUCUCAACGGAAGCUAGGUGCUUCUAAACGUAUGGAAAACAGUGAAUUUGGCGUUUUUCUUCGGUCCCUCGAUGUUGACACUCUUGGCCCCGUCUUUGAGUCGCUGUUGGUGCAACUUUCUGCACUUGUCGAGGUACAGUACAAGGAGGCUAUAGUUGACAACUUUUGCACGAUGGAGGCUUUUCAAAGGCUGGUGAACGAUGGGAAGCUACUCUAUCAGAUACUUUCAGACCGGGCAAUCUUUAUACUUGACGGCUUUAGUGGGUUUACUCUUCAGCAGAAAAAGGAUUGGGUAAGGCGGUAUCGGGAAUACACUGUAGUGGGAGAGAGACUGCGCUUACUUUUCGAAUCAAUCGCAAACUCAAAAAGGAUGUUUGACGAACCUCCUCCACCCCUAAAGGCGCUUCCCGGGUCUUUAUUAGAGAGCCUGGAGAGAGAAGUCCGUUUGAGUAGCAUAGCUCACGAGGACAUAACCGAGACGCUCGAGAGUCUGGGUAUAACUGCCGAUGAAAAGACCCCACUGAAGGCGACAACUUCAGAUGGCACAAUGGCAAUAUACUCACCAGUGGCGACUGAGAAGGCGCUUGACACCACAGAGACAGGAGCACCUCCGGUCACUGAGCCCAAAAAAGAGUCUGGUUUCUCAAUUGAUGAUCUGUUUGUACCUCCUCCUGUCACCGACUCUCAUCAACAAACAUCUUAUAACCCGUCCACAAUACCUCAAGGUACCCAGAUGGAGGGGCCCCUUAUUCAAACUGAGGCGAACCCAAACAUGACCUACACUUUCCCAACCGGGGUUCCUGUUGGUCAAAACUUCUUCGGCCAACAACCGACAGGGAAUUCAUUGACGUGGGAGGCCCCCAGCCCUGCACCGGGUUCGAUGCAACCGCAGUCUGCGGCGGGCAUCGUUCCCUCGUGGAGUGAUUCGUCAGCAUCAUGGGGUCGAGGUAAUUGCGGUAGCAAUACUGUGGAUCCGUUUAAGGAUCUUUACGCGAGCCAGAAGGGAGGCCAGUAG